AUGGAGGCUGCCAUUCGGUGGUCACCGCAUUCAACCCAGCAAGAUCCACGUUUCUUAAUAAUCGAUGUCGCUGUCAACCGACUGCGAUUGUGUCAAAUUGAUCAUAUUGACAAGGGUAAGGUAAAAUACAAACAGCUUUGCGUUCGCGACAAGCUCCCCAAUUACACUGCCUUCGACUGGUCAAAACGAGAUGAGCACAUAGUCGCAGUUGGAUCUGCUUCUGGCGAGGCAGUCAUUGUAUCAAUGGAUGCAGACCAUCCACAGAUUGACUAUAACCAUACUUUUCCGAUCAAACAUCAACGUAAAUGCAAUUCUAUAGCAUUUAGUUCUAAGAACUUUCUUGCUACCGGAUUGGAUAGAGUUAGGAAUGAUGUCUGCCUCAACAUUUAUGAUCUCAAUACCCCGACAUUGACCUCAAGCUCCGAGCCGUAUAGGAAACUGGCAAGCUCCGAGGCAAUCUCUAGUAUCAAGUUUUUCAAUAACCAGCCCGAUACUUUAGUGGCCGGUGUAUCGAGGCAAUGCAUUCGCAUAUACGACUUACGAGAUUCCGGUACAUCGGGAGUCGCACAGUAUCCUACUCGUCAGGUCCACAACAUCGCUAUAGACCCACUAGACGAGAAUUACUUCAUCUCAGCUGGGACAACAGGCGAUCCAUCCGUCACAGUUUGGGACCAGCGCUAUGUGAAACAAAGAACCUCUAAUGACUCCACGAGCAACGGCGCGGUGCUUGAGUUCCGCCCGGUAGUCGACAACAGCCAAUCAGCCACUAUCUGGAGUCUUCGAUAUACCGGGACCAAGAGAGCUACCUUUGGUGUUUUGGCCAACACUGGCGAAUUCAAAGUUGUCGAACUUGCUCAACAUACUCAUCGACUAGAAGCUCACCAGGUAGCAAGUGCGGGGCCAUACGCGCAGGCCUGGGCAUCUCCACAUUAUACCAAAACAUCCCAUAACUUGAGGUAUCCAUGGUACGACGAAAGAUUCCGUGACAAUGAGAGAUCGCGUGUUGUUGCAUACGAUUUCAUGACGUCUGGUAGCCCACUCAAUGGACAGUGUGCACUCUCCCUUCUACCAAAUCGAGAGAUCGAGAUUCUCAAGGUACCACAGCAAGCACCGACGAUUAAUUUCACGGCUUUAGAUGAAAUCGCUCGUGAUCGAGGCAUUGUGGCCAGGCCAAGCAUGAGACAUGGAACUGUAGCAGAAGACUUGAUAGACCUCCAAAACCAAACGUUGAGUGAGAAGCUCGGCAUCUCACCCGAUCCGAAGGACAGUCUCUCCGGUAGGCUAGAUAAACUCACUAUCGACCACCCGCAUCGUACUAUUCCACUUGAAUCGGCAACUUUGUCAAGCAUGCAAAUGCAUGAGGACCUCCUUACUCUGGCAUACCCUGAUGUGCAGAUACCACUCGGAGACCAUCUGAAAGUACUACAGACCCAGAAGAGGCGUUGUCAGGAAGGCUACAACCUAGAUUGUCGCAAGAACAAAGAAAUCGUUUCCAACGACCCUUGGCUGGUGGAUGCUUGGAAUCUCGUUGAGCGACUGGACGCACAUGCAUGGGGAGAUGGCAUGGUUGGUGGAGAUCUGGAUCUCAAAUACCUUGGAGUGUUGUCUAUAUGGACAAACAAGUUGCAAAUGUACGAUCAAAGAAUGAUUGACCCGGACGCGAAGACUUCGAAGACUAUCUUCGUAGAAGCUGUAAAGGAAAUUGUUACGGCCAAAGAACUCCCUCCUUACUCCGGCAUAGGAACGCGCUAUCCAGAGAAUCGCCAAUUAUGCCUCUCGCUUUGCGGAUGGAAUUUAUCCAAGAAAGGUCUUCGAGAAAGGUGUUCAAUAUUGAUGGAUGAAGGCCAAUAUUACAAGGCAAUUGUUCUCGCGGUAUUUCAGGGAUAUAAGGACGUCGCUCUUGAUCUGCUGAAAGAAUCCAUCCAGCAGAAGAAGUUGGAAAAUGUUGGCUUAGGCGCUGUGAUUGCUUGCGACUCGGCCAAUGAAGAUCAACGCCAUAUGUGCUCUUGGAUGGCCGAAAUGACCGACGAGCCAUAUCUUAAGGGACUACUGGCCUAUUUCAUCAGCGGUGACUGGACCACUGUAGUUGAAAUGACCCAGCUUGCUUUGAGUGACAGGGUGGGUGUGGCACUUAAGUAUUUGAGUGACGAAAUGCUUACUCACUUUCUCAAACUUGCUACUACCGAGACGAUUGCGUACGGAAACAUUGAAGGCCUCCUCCUCACCGGCUUGACAGAGAAAGCCAUGGAUCUUUUUGAACAUUACAUUGCUAAAUACGGCGACUUGCAGUCCGCUGUGUUGAUACUUUCGCGCGCCUGUCCAUUAUACAUUCAGGAUGCUCGCUGGCCUUUAUGGAAAGAUAUCUACUUGAACCAGAUGCAAGUAUGGCGAACAUUCUUGGAGCGAACGCAUUAUAUCAAAGAACACAAUCUGAAAUGCGUAUCACGCGAAGGAAAGAGCAUCAACAAGCCUUCGGCUCCGAGUCUGGCGAUUCGAUGUCCCAAUUGUCAACAAAAUCUUGCUCUUCGCAAAGAUCUGAAGACCUCCCGGCAGUAUCUGACACCCCUGGGUGACCGUACAAAACCGCAACAUACAGGCCCAAAGCAGCGACCACAUCCGCCAAGGGGUACUGCAUCAUCGCCGUCACUCGCUUGUCCGAAUUGCAAUGCGCAGAUGCCGCGUUGUGGUUUGUGUAUGAUGUGGUUAGGAUCGCCAGAUCCGAGCAAAGUGGGUGCAGCGCAGGCACUCAAAGAAGAGGACCUGGAAGCCAGACUGAUGGUUUUCUGCAUGAGCUGUACUCACGGCUUUCAUGGUCACCAUGCUAGAGACUGGUUUGCUAGGCAUGCAAUGUGCCCAGUUCCCGAUUGUCAGUGCAUGUGUGGCUUACUCAAAUGA